AUGCGAGACCUCGCGGCUCAGGUAACGAGCAGCCUGCUGCAGUUUCCCGAGGUGACCAUUCAGGCUCUUGGGGAAGAUGAGCUCACCCGAGGGUCUGUGCUGCGUGGGCGGUUUUCCAGAGGGAGAGAUGGGCUGGCCUGGCUGGCGUGUGGCCCUCAGCUGGAGGUUGUGAGCGCUGUGACGGGAGAGCGGCUCUCUGCACACCGUUUCAGUGGAGCCCGUGAGCAGCCUCCCACCAUCCGCGUGGUGAAGGAGGUUUCCUGGCAGACGGGAACGGGGCUGCUGGUUGGCUUGAGAGAAGCAGAGGGAAGUGUUCUCUGCCUGUACGACCCUGGAACAUCGAGCGUGGUUACAGCAGUAGUUCUGCCAGGAAGGGUAACUGCUGUAGAGCCCAUAACUAACCCCGGAGGAGCCAGCGCGAGGCCUUGGCACCUGCACCGGGCUCUGCAAGGGUUUUGUGGCGUGGCAGCGGUGGCGACAGAUGUUGGUCAUCUGCUUGUGGUGGACCUUGGUUUGGAUGAUCUCUCUUGCAGUCAGAGGGAGAAUGAACCAUCGGCUCUAGUAGUUGUCACCAGAAUUGCUGCUGGAGUUCCACUAAGAAGAGAAAUGGUGACCGGGGAAGGGAGACAUCUCUGCCUUCAGUUACAGUGUCCUUCAGGAACAGCAAUAUCGACCCUGUGCUACAUCAGCAGAAGCAACCAGCUCGCCGUGGGUUUUUCCGACGGCUCCCUGUCACUGUGGAAUAUGAAAACUCUGCAGUGGGAGCACCACUGUCAGCUUGAAGGAGGAAGGAUUCCUGUCUGCGCCGUUACUUUUCAAGAGCCUGAGCACGAUCCUCGCAACUGCUGCUACUUGUGGGCUGUUCAGUCGACGCAAGAAAGUGAAGGCGAUGCCGUGAGUUUACAUCUGUUGCAGUUAGCGUUCGCAGACAGGAGGCGCUCGGCUUCAGGACAAGCCAUGUACGAGGGUUUGGCAUCCUGUGUUGAAAAGUACAGUUUGGAUCUGACGGGUGGAGCCUUUCCCUUGAGAGGGCAGGGCAGCAAGGCCAAACUACUCAGCUGUCAGGCUGUAGAAAUCUUUCCCAACUGCAUUGACAGAGAAGGCAGCGUUGAUGAAGUCAUAUCUCCUGACACCAGUGUCUCCGUCUUCAGCUGGCAAGUGAACACACGUGGCCAGGGAAAACCAUCUACUUAUUUGGGUGUAUUUGACUUUGACUGCUGGUAUGAGGCUCAAAAGCCAGGCUCACUAAGGCCAGAAGAAUCCCUUCAGGACUGCCCCUAUUUUGCACUGUGGUCACUGGACGCUGUGACAAGCACGACUGCUCCAAACCUCCUUCUGGAUGUUGUGGUGCAGGAGCGCAGCCUAAGCUGGAGAGUUCCUCCUUCUUACCCACAACCUGAGCUGUGUUUUCAUCCAAGCACCUAUAAUUUUGAUGGCACGUGCCUGCUGAGCUCUGGAGUUGUUCAUGUGACGUGCAGCGGCUUCCAGAAGGAGGUGAGCUUUCAGUUAGACGCGGUCUUGUCAGCUGCUGCCCAGACAGGUUCUGUAGGGCUUCUGACUGGCUGCAUUAAGCUUUGGACAUCUAAAGAGCAGCCAAGUUCUGCUGCUAAUUUACAGUUUGCCCUUGACUGGACAUGGAGCAGAGUGAUCUAUACACAACACAAAUUUGAUGACAUAUGUGUUGCGCUGUUUGACGGCUCCUGCAGCUCCACUGACCCGCAGAGGUUACAGGCUCUGCAGCACCGCCAGUUGCUUUUGAGCAACCUUAGCACAGUCUUGAACUGUUUUCUAACAGAGGCACAAGAGCUCGCCGGAGAAGGUUUAACAGACUUGACAAAUAAGCUGGCGGCGACCAGCCUCGCAGCUUUGUAUGCACGAGUGGUCCUCUGGUUCUGUGGGUCCCGCCUCCUGCCCGAGGGCUCAGGUGAUGAGAUGCGUUUCUCUAGACCUUUCUACAAUUAUCCUCUGAUUCGGAGCUACUACGCUGGUCAUCGACAGCAACUGGAGCGUUUAUCAAGAGGCAAAUGGGACUCUGACUGCCUGAUGAUCGAUGGGAUGGUUUCCCAGUUGGGAGACCAAGUUGAGGAGAUGUGGCGGAGAGAGGAAGGAGGAACUGGGAAAUACCCACCUCCUAGUUUACAGGCACUGCUGGAGCUCUAUUUGCUAGAAGGCGUUGAAGAAAGCCACAAACAUGCAAUCACAAUUUACUUGCUGCUAGACAUCACGCAUCCCUUUCCGAACAAAACAGAACCUUCCGUCGACUCCUUCGCAGCUGCCUUUGCCAUCCCUUCGGGCCUUGUUAAGCUUAUUCGAGGUUUUUGGCUUCUAGACCACAAGGACUAUGAUAACUCCCUGGCCCUGCUCUUUCACCCAGCUACAAUCAAACCUGUGUCGUGGCAACACGUGAGAAUUCUUCGGUCCCUCAUGUGCCAAGGAGAGCAUGGGCGAGCCCUCAGAUACAUGCAGGUGAUGAAGCCACCGUUCUCAAGCAGUCGUGAAGAGCGGCUUUUCCUCACUGUGCUGUUGUCCAAUAGGUGCAUGGCGGAGGCUUGGGCUCUGCUGCAGGAGCACACCGCUCAGUUAAAGGAGGAAGAGCUAUUAAAAGACAUGUAUGACAUCUGUCGGGAGAUGGGACUAGUGGGAGACUUCCUGAGGCUGCCUUUCACAGACUCUGAACAAAAGUGUUUGGAGAAAAUUUUACAGAUUCAUGAGAUUCUUUUAGUCCGGCACCUGCAGCGUGCCAACUGUAUGGCAGCACCACAGCUGAACCAGGCGAUGAACGUUCAUCUCAUGAACGACUGUGCUCCUCGCUGGAGACAGAGAGCAGUUGCCAGAAAUUCUCUCUCAGCCCAGCACGGCAAGACCCUUCCUAGAGGUCAGAGGCAGCUGGCUGUAGAGAGAGCCAAGCCUUACCAUCUGCCUUCGUCCGGACCAAGAGAAGCUGCAAGACCAAAGCCAAUCUCAACAGUAACAAAACCAGCUAAUGCAGGAAAUGUGGAUCCAAGGGCACCUUUCAGCAGUCGUGUGUUGGCCAAAGUUAGAGAGUUAUGGGUAGGAAACGAGAGAGAGAAGGAUGCAGGAGGGAGGUGUGUGAUUUCUGUGAACACCGACAGCACAAGCGUAGAUGACCCUAGGAAUCCAGGGCACAGGAAAAGCUUUGCUUCUGAUCUAGCCUAUUGGUCUCAUAGCAGCUUCCUGAAGGACGAGAACGGCACGCUCAUCUCCGCAGGAUCCAACAGUGAUGUGGGCCAGCCAAAUGAGGUAGAGCAGGGUAAGACUGUCUUGACCACGAUAGGUCUAAAGACCUCGCAGGGCAGCCAGAAGGAAGCUGUUGAAUGA